AUGGUGUCAGGUGUGGGAUUGAUGACUAGAAGGUCUAAAAACCCAACACAAUAAGUACUUGGUUACUUGUUAACAAAAAUGAGUGAUCUAUAGCUGGCUUUGAACCGCGCCGAAGAAUCGAUUGGACACCCGGACCAGAUCUGCCACAACGGCUCAAGCGAUUUCGGCAGAAAUGUGAAUUACUGUUUGAUGGCCCUUUGAAAGAUCGAACUGUUAAGCAGAAAUGUCGAUAUGUUCUCCUAUGGGUGGGAGAUUAUGGUCUUGAUCUCUAUAAUACAUGGAAUUUGAGUGAAGCCGAUCAAGACAAAUUAGACGAGUAUUGGAAAAGAUUUGAACAGCACGUAAAACCUCAGUCCAACCAUCUUGUCAACCGUUUCUAUCUCAGAAACUUGAAGCAGAACAACCGACCGCUCGACGAGUUUUUAACCGAAGGAAACCUCCUUAUUCAGAACAGUGGUUAUCCGGAUGAAAUACAUGACGAAUUGAUGCAAGAUGCUUUGGUAUUUGGAGUUGAUUCAGAUACAGUCCGUAAGAAAUGUAUUGCUGAAGGGAAUGAACUAACUCUUAUAAAAGCAAGAGAAAUCGCCCGCACCGAGGAAGCUACCAGACAACAGCUAAAGGUGAUGACCAGAGAUGUUUCAAACUCUACCCUUACGAAAAUCAACACUAUUUUAACCCUAUUUUAUCCCUAUUUUACUUUCUAUUUUAUUCCUAUAGAAAAGCUAUUUUAUUUUUAACCCUAUCGUAUUGCUAUCACAUAUACAAAUCCUACAUUAAACCUAUUAGAACUCUGUUUUAAUUGUAUAUUAUAGCUAUUAUAAAUAGGUUUUUUUGAAACAAAAAAUAGCCUAUUUUAAAUAGAUUUUAUUUUUCUGAAUCGGUGAAGCACAGAUUAAAAUAGGUUUAAAAUAGGAUAAAAUAUAUUUAAAAUAGAGUGCAAAAUAGAAAUAAAAUAAUAAAGUAAAGUGAAACAUUCGUAAUAAAAUAGAUUUUAAAUAUACAUAAAAUAGGUUAAAAAUAGUCGAAAAUACAUAUAAAAUAGUGGAUCAACUGCAGUAUAUUAACUAAAAGUAGUAAUAAAAUUACUGCAAAAAUAGUAAUAAAAUAGUUUUAAAAUAUGAAUAAAAUACUGAUAAAAUAGUACUAAAAUAGUAGAAUUUAAAAUAGUGAUAAAAUAGCGAACAAAAUAGUUCAAAAUAGUUCAAAAUUCUUAUAAAAUAGUAUAAAAAUAGUAAUAAAAUAGUCAGAAAGUAGUAAUAAAAUAGUUAUAAAAUAGCAAUAAAAGAAUAGUAAAAUAGUCAUAAAAUAGCAAUAAAAUAGUCAGAAUGUAGCAAUAAAAUAGUUAUAAAAUAACAAUAAAAUAGCUAUAUAAAAAUAGUAGCACUGCAACAUAGUUACUUUAUAAAGUAAUAAAAUGGUAGUAUGAUAAUUAAAACCAGUUAAAAAAUAGUAAUGCAUGAAAUAAUAUCAAAUUAGCUGAAAACUAGCAAUACAGCACCAUGGUUGACAGGUAUAUUACAGUAUCGUUUAAAAUUGUAUAAAAUAAUACACAUAAAACAGUUUGUAUUCUUAUUAGCUGUCAACGCUAGGUUGUGGCAGUUUAAGGCUGGCAGGGGUGAAUGUGGCAGUUUAAGCAGUGUCAAAUCAAUGGCAUUGUUUACCACAGUCAGAGUUACCAACGUUUGAGUAACUGUAAGGAAUCUAUUACACGAUUGGGUUUCAAAUCAAUUGCAGGGUGAGCAGUCUAGUAGUCUACUAGCAGUUAGACCCAUGCCACCAAGCAUCUUGCAGAUCAAGCAGUUAUUGCCAAUACAUGCCAGCUUAAUUGUCAGUAUUAAAAGGUGAAAAAUGGGCAAGCAGACCACAGUCAAUAAGCAAAAUUGUCUAGCUUGAGACCUCAGAGUUAAAUAUUGUGUGCAGAACUUAAAGUAGGGAGUGUUAAGGAAAAUUACAUCUAAAUAUGUCAACAUGAAACAUCAUGAGUCUAGCUGGACACUUUCCUUGGCAAAUAAAAUUGUCCAACAUUAGGCAAGAUACAGAAACAUUUAAAUAUUAACAAACUGCUGAAAAUUGGGCACUUUGCAGUGAAAUGGGUAAUUUUAUUAAAAAAAACAACAUCAGUUCACCCUUGUUGUGACUUGCCGGGGUGUCUCUAAAGAUGUAUAAAAUGUAGCCCAAAGGUUGUUACAUAUAUUAUUAAGCAGAUCAUACAGGUGGUAUAGAUAAAUGUAUUCAUAUAUUAUAAACUUUGAACAAGCAAACAAAGGACUUUGACUGUUUCCAGUUAGAGCACUUCCAUAAUCAAGUUGCCACACAACAAAUUGAUCAAAUUGACAUUUUUACCUAUUAACCGACCCACCCGGCAUUAAAAAAUUCAAGCAUGGCAUACAAAGGAAAUUGAAAUUAAACCUCUAUACCCAUUCCAUUGAUAUCCUAGUGCAUUGUACUAUUACCCUAUGAUGUUAGACAUGGUAAAAUCAAACAGCACUGAAAGAAUCCAGUUUUGAUGCAACCAACACCUGGUGUUAGACUGAGGGUGAAAAAAAAAUUAAAGUAUAGGGCAUAUAAGUGCUAUAAUGGUAAAGUGCAUGAGACAUUCCUUUUCCGGCUGAUAAUUUCAGCAAAUAUACUAGAUAGAUAUAAGUAGAAUAUAAUAUAAUGACAUGUCUUGCAAAUAUAACAACAUAUUUUGUGAAACACUGGUGAAGGUGAAUCAUAUUUGAUUCAAAACAUACAGUUUUUAUAAAUUGUGUGUUAAUUACUGUAUUUAUAUUAUAUAUAUAUAAUGCACUCCUUAUUCAGAAUAACUUUUAUUCUAUGACUAUUGUAACUGAGACAUGCACAUUUAGCUGGGAUAUGCCUAGGUAUUUAUAAGCAUAUAAAGAAUUGAGGAUUGAAACUUGAGUAGAUGCCAAGCUAUAAUAUAUUAUUUAAUUUUGAUACAAGAAACACUACCACUGCAGCACUGCUCACUGGAAUCUAUCAUAUACACAACUAUUAACUAUUUGGCAUUAGUUACAAUAAACAUAAUUUAAUAUAAAGACUGAGUCAAAUGUAAGCUUUGAAUUAAACUAUUGUUUUAUAUCAUCAUUUUAAAUAUUGUCGUGGCAAAUUCAAAUUUUAAGCCGAAACAUCAAGCACAUGCAUUCUCAAAAUUCACGAAUGAAGAUUGAAGUAGAAAAUAUUUCCCUUCAAAAUUGCUCUAUUAUACACAAAACAUAACAAGAUUCUUAGCUGGAUAUUACUCAGUCAUCCUGAUGUUUCAUCUUCGCUUAUUAAGGCUUCAUCGGCUCGAAAUAUCGAGCGAAAUAUUGUAACUUAUACUUCGAAAUUGUCGUGGCAAAUUCAAAUUUUAAGCCGAAACAUCAAAGGUCAUCAAACACGUGCAUUCUCAAAAUUCACGAAUGAAAAAAGCAAAUAUUUCCUUUCCAAAUUGCUCUAUUAUACAUAAAACAUGACAAGAUUCUUACCUGGAGAUUACUCAAUCAUCCCUGAUGUUUUAUCUUCGCUUAUUCACGGUUAAUAAAGCUUCAUUGGCUCGAAAUAUCGAGCGAAUAUUGUAACUUCAAAAUCACAAACUGUUAUAAAAAAUAGGUCAAGGCUAUUUCAGAUACCUUGAAGCAGAUCGGUCCCAGUGCUUUCAUCAUUUCGUUAAUUUCACACAUUCUCGUACCCAGAGCCCUUCUUACGCGCGGUCAACGGAGCACGACGAGGGGCUCUGGCCAAAUCCAUAACCGGAUACCAUAAAAACAUAGUGGUUGUGUUAGUGCUGGUGUUAUUGGCUGUGCUACUGUUAGGGUUAGUGGUUGUGCUGCGGUUAGGAUUAAUGGUUGUGUUAGUGCUGGUGUUAUUGGCUCUGCUACUGUUAGGGUUAGUGGUUGUGCUGCGGUUAGGAUUAAUGGUUGUGUUAGUGCUGGUGUUAUUGGCUGUGCUACUGUUAGGGUUAGUGGUUGUGCUGCGGUUAGAGUUAGUGGUUGUGUUAGUGCUGGUGUUAUUGGCUGUGCUACUGUUAGGGUUAGCGGUUGUGCUACUGUUAGGAUUAGUGGUUGUGCUACUGUUAGGGUUAGUGGUUGUGCUAGUGCUGGUGUUAUUGGCUGUGCUACUGUUAGGGUUAGUGCUGGUGCUACUGUUAGGAUUAGUGGUUGUGCUGCUGUUAGGGUUAGUGGUUGUGAUAGUGCUACUGUUAGUUGUUGUGUGGGUGCUAGUAGUGGUGUUAGUGUCGCGGUUAGAGUCACUGUCAGUGUUUGUAUUUGA